GGCUGGUCAGGAAUGUGGACUUUUGCCGUCUAUGAUAAUUAUCCCAUCCCCAUGCUACGGGGGGAAGACUUGGCCAACUAGGUGAGGCGGGCCAAGAGAGUGGGAAUGGUUACACGUAGCCAAACCAGGCAAGCUUCCAGACCCAUUCCUGUUCCUGAGCCAUCCACAGAGGCCCCGUCUGUGUUACCAGAGACCCAGACAGAGGUAGUGGACCCGGAUUCCAUGCCAACCACUGAAACAGCCACAGCACCUCCAGUCCCAGGCCCGGAACUGGAACAGCAACCAGCACCAGCAAGUGCAACCCCAUCUUCAAACUCAACGCCAGAGGGCGCCAGCGAGCCACAACUGGCAGAAGCAAAAGACAGCCAUACCCAAAAGGCUCAGCCAGAGCCUGAAAUACCCUCAGGUGCGCCAGCGGAGAGCGGUUCACCAGCAACGGAAACAACCCCAUCACCUACAUCGCUUCCAGAGGGACCAAGCCCAAGUCCACAGUCUGAGGAAGAACUGGUGACCCCAGCCUCAAGGGAACAGUUCCAGACUGAGCAGGAAGCAGAUGACAGCCUUCAGAAAGCUUGGGCGGCGGCACGGAGCACCCCACCGCCUCUCAGCUCUUCUAAUCGAUCCCGGUUUGUUAUAGACCAAGGACUUUUAUACAAGGAAAUUCUUUCUGGUGGACACCGGGAAGAAUGGCAGCCGCAAAAACAGUUGGUGGUUCCAACUAAGUACCGGGGGAAGCUCUUAAGCUUAGCCCAUGAUCAUCCCAGUGGCCAUGCUGGGGUGAACAGAACCAAGGACCGGUUGGGGAAGUCCUUCCACUGGGAGGGGAUGGGCAAGGACGUUGCCAAGUAAGUCCGGUCUUGUGAGGUAUGCCAAAGAGUGGGAAAGCCUCAAGACCAGGUCAAGGCCCCUCUCCAGCCACUCCCCAUAAUUGAGGUCCCAUUUCAGCGAGUAGCUGUGGAUAUUCUGGGCCCUUUCCCAAAAAAGACGCCCAGAGGAAAGCAGUACAUACUGACUUUAGUGGACUUUGCUACCCGAUGGCCAGAAGCAGUA